UUUGUAGAAAGCCACGACCGACCUGGCAAGUCUGACCAACUCGUGCUCAAGCCUUUGGCCAUGUCGCCGCGUGUCGUGGUGUGCCGUUCGCCCAGCGAUGCUAGCGCCAUCCCCGCAUUCACAACGGGCAAGUUUCAGAGUCCGCAGCGUCUCUGUGUGUAUGAGAUCAGCGGCGAGGAGCUUCGACUUGAUCUGGAAAUCUCGCACGCCCUCGUCGAUGGACACUCGGCGAAGAUCCUGCUGCACGACUUUCGUGCUGGCUAUCUGCGAGCAGCGCACUUUUCAGAGCAACCGCCGCUUCCGUACACGAUUUUUGCAUCUCGCCAGCAGGCCGCCGCCUCGAGCACCGAGCAGGUGUCGGCGGGUGCUGCCUACUGGACGUCGUACCUGAACCGCGCGGGCGAAUCACAUUUGCCUCUCGUCACCAGCAAUCCUCGCCUGCACUGUCUGGAGACGGCGCGUUGCUCCGUGCCACUACCAAGCGGGGAUCUCCGCGCUGUCUGUGGUCGAUUCGCCAUUACUCCGGCGAACCUGUUCCACAUCGCGUGGGCGCUUGCCAUUCGCCGCAUCGCGCUUUCAGACGCUGUCACUUUUUCCUACAUAGUCUCUGGCCGCAACAGCUAUGGCGAGGGCGCUGAGGCGACUGUGGGGCCUUUGCUCAAUACCCUGCCAUGUGCCUUGACAUUGACCGCAGAGACGAGCGUGGCCGAUGCGCUUUCUUUGGCCAAACUGGACUGGCAACAAGGCUUACCGUAUCAGAACAUAGCUAUUGCUGACCUGCCUGUGGCUAAGACUCGAUCGUUGAAGCGGCUCGGAAACACGCUGCUCUCGAUCGAGAGAGAAGCGACAAACAGCCAUGCAUUCAUACCAGGAACCUCCAUGACCAUUGACGCGAGAACAAGCGCGACAGACUUUGAUCUAUCAGCCAAUGUGAGAUUCAGCGAAGAACGCAUCGACUUGAGUCUCGAGUACUGGGCUUCCAGAGUCGCCUGGCCGGUUGCAAAGGCACAGAUGACGGCCUUUGAAGAUGCAGUGACAUUUCUAUUGCAAAAACCGGGAUUGCACCUCGGCGACUUUGCCAGCCAUGGUCUCCAAGACCGAAAUGCAUUUUCCAGGUGGAACUCGACCAUGCCACCACACGUCGAGCGCUGCGUCCACGACCUGGUGCUUGACAAGAUGGCAUCCCAGCGGACGGCGCUAGCCAUCAGCGCGUGGGACGGUGAGAUGACGUACGGCGAGCUGGACGAUGCCAGCCGCCGUCUAGCCCACCACCUGGUCGAGCGCGGAGUCGGCCCAGAAAUCAAGGUCGGCCUGUGCAUGGACAAGUCGAAGUGGGGGGUGGUGGCCAUGCUGGCCAUCCUCCGCGCCGGCGGAGCUGUAGUCCCUCUUGGCGUGGAGCAUCCGCUGGCUCGCAUUGAGGGCAUCGUCAAAGACACAGCCGCACCACUUGUACUGGUCGAUCGCGGCCAAGUCCAACGACUGGCGGCGCUGACAGACAGUACGCAGCUGCUAGCCGUCGAUUCUUUCUUUGAUGCCCUAUCAACAACAGAGACAACACCGACGAAUGCCAAGCCCAGCACAUUCGUGCGGCCUGAGAACGUGGCGUGGGUCAUCUACACCUCUGGUAGCACUGGUACGCCCAAGGGUGUCGUACUCGAGCAUGGCGCCCUCGCCACAAGCAUCCUUGCCCACGGACCUGUGAUUGGUAUGCAGCCGAACGACCGCGUCUCCCAGUUCGCAGCGUAUACCUUCGAUGUCUCUAUCGCAGAGAUCAUGACAACACUCUCAUUCGGCGCAUCUAUCUGUGUUCCUUCAGAGGAUGAUCGUGUAAACCGACUGGCAGCGUUUCUGUCAGAGGCCAAGGCCACUAUAGCGACACUAACAUCAACUGUAGCAGCGCUGGUCCGUCCGGAAGAUGCGACGACAGUACGGACGUUGAUUCUAACAGGCGAGGCCGUACAAGCGAAGGUCGUUGAUCAGUGGAUAGGGUACGCGACCGUCAUCAACGCUUACGGACCCUCAGAAUCGUCCAUCUGGACGACAGGUAAGGAAAUACAGGAUAAUUCAGAUUCUACUAACAUAGGAGAGCCGCUUGCUGGUGGGGUUUGGGUGGUUAAUCCUGAUAACGUAGGCCAAUUAGUUCCUCUGGGCGCCCCAGGCGAGCUGCUCAUCGAAGGACCACUACUUUCACGCGGUUACUUGAACGACCCCGUCAAGACUGCCGCCGCCUUUGUGACAGACCCCGCCUUUGUGCAGGAGCUGGGGCUCAGCGCGGGCCGACGCAUGUACCGUACCGGAGACAUGGUACAGCAAAACGCGGACGGCACGCUAACCUACCUCGGCCGUCGAGAUACACAGGUCAAGAUCCGCGGCCAGCGCGUGGAGAUUGGUGAGAUCGAGAGUCAGAUUGUCCGCCUGCUGCCAGACGCACGGGAGGUCGUCGUUGACGUCGUGCGUCCGGCAGGCGAGGCGCAGGACGGCCCGCUGAUACUAGUGGCUGUUAUCGAGUAUGCUGCGGACGGGCCCACCCUUAGCAGCAACAGCAGCAAAACCGGAGAGCUAGAGCCCUACGAGCCUUCGCAGAUCACCUCUGCCACUCGUACAGCGUUAGAGAAGCUGGAUGCCCAGCUCGAGCAGGUACUUCCGUCGUACAUGGUCCCCACGACCUUUCUCCUGGUUCCCAGGCUUCCAGUCAACGCGUCCGGAAAGCUGGAUCGCCGUGCAGUCCGAGAUCAAUUGAGUGCGAUGCCCCAUGACGUGCUGAGCAGCUCUGGCUCGCCAGACGGCAGGCAAGCACCGACUACUGCCAUGGAACUCAAGCUACAGAGUCUGUGGGCCGCAGCACUAACGCUUGCACCAGAUGCAGUGGGGACUAACGACUCCUUCCUCCGACUCGGUGGAGAUUCAGUUGCUGCAAUGAAGCUGACGGCAGCUGCUCGAGCGCAACGAAUCCCCUUGUCAGUAGCCGACAUCUUCCGGUGGCCCCGUCUUACAGAUGUGGCGAAGGCGAUGGAAGAGAAAUGCCAGCACGAGAAUGGUCCCGCGAACGACGUGGACGAGGAUCCGGCGCCGCUGAGUUUGUGGCCGGAGGUUACCCAGACCGACGACGUCGAGCGCGCACGAAUGUUAGCCGACGUCGCCGCGCAGUGUGGCGUCUCUGUAGAUCAGAUUGAGGAUGUCUACCCAUGCAGUCCGUUACAGGCUGGACUGAUGGCUAUCACCGCUCAGAGUUCUGAGGCCUACGUCGUCCGUCGUGCUUUCCGGCUGGACGCCAGCCUCUCCACUCAGCAGCUGAAGGACGCUUGGACGCGGCUGGUCGAGAUUUUGCCUAUCUUGCGGACGCGCAUUGUUCCUUCCGUACAGUCUGAUGCGCUACAGGUCGUGGUGCGGGAACAGCCGAUAUGGCACGAGCCGACGUCGCUGGAGGACUACCUCGCUGCCGAUCGAGCAGCUCCUAUAGCUUACGGUGGCUCGCUGAGUCGAACCGCAAUCGUGGAGAACGGAGCUACUCGGCACUUUGUAUGGACCACACAUCACAGCGUCUAUGACGGCUGGAGCUUAGCCGAAAUGUCGCAACUGCUCGUGCGGCUUCUAAGGGGAGAAGCGCCUUCUGCCCCAGUUCCGGUCUCGCGCUUUAUUGCUUAUUUGGCGCAACAGGACAAGAAGCAGACGGCAUCCUUCUGGCAGAAGCACCUUGAAGGCGCCAACUGGACUCGCUAUCCAGCCCUGCCGUCACCGCAGCAUCAGAUCAACCCGCAUGAUGUUCUUCGGCGCGAGCUUCACAUUACGCCUACCGCCGGUGCCGUGACAACGUCUACAUUGCUGCGAGCAGCCUGGGCACUCUUGGUAGCUACCAAUACCGGCUCCGACGAAGCAGUCAUUAGCGUCGUGCUUUCUGGCCGUAUGGCCGCCAUCAAUGGCAUUACCGACCUUGCGGCCCCGACAGUUACCUCUGUGCCCUUCCGCGUUUCUGCCUUGCCGGAUCAGUCUGUCCGGGAAUUCCUUGCAGCCAUACACGCACGAGCGACAGAGAUGAUCCCGUACGAGCACACCGGCCUCCAAAACAUUCGGCGUAUGGUUGCUAGUCUUGGGCCAGAAUUCGACCCGGGUCAUAGCUUUAUAGUUCAGCCAGCCGAAAAGAGCGAGACGGCCGUACCCAUCGCAAGCAUGCAGAUCGAGCAUGGUGCAACCUCUACAGAUGCCUUUGCCGCAUACCCACUGACAGUCGAAUGCACACUGGGCCAAGAGACGAAUGACGUCGGGGUUGAACUACGCUAUGAUGCCGCGGUAGUUCCAGUGGACGAUGCGCAACGCCUGCUUGCCCAGUUCUCUCAUAUUGUGCAGCAGCUUGCGCACAACGCAGAAGCGUCGCAGCCGCUCGGAAAGCUUAGGUUACUCUCAACGGAAGAUAAGGAGCAGUUGUUCAGAUGGAAUUCGGCCGUACCACCACGCGUGGAGCGCUGCAUCCAUGACCUGGUGCAUGACCAGAUGGCAUCCCAGCCGACAGCACUGGCCAUCAGCGCAUGGGACGGCGAGAUGACGUACGGCGAGCUGGACGACGCCAGCCGUCGACUGGCCUACUACCUUGCCAAGGGUGGUGUAGGACCAGAAGUGAUGGUUGGCCUGUGUAUGGAAAAGUCCAAGUGGGCGGUUGUAGCCAUGCUAGCCAUCCUCCGCGCCGGCGGAGCUGUAGUCCCUCUUGGAGUCCAACAUCCACUGGCUCGCAUCAAUCGCAUUGUUAAAGACACCGCCAUGGACGUGCUCCUGGUUGAUUCAUCACAGAAAGCUCGACUAGGCUCUGCAGUGUCUGUGGUAACCAUUACUGUUGACGCUACCCUACACGAAUCGCUUUCAGCGACAGCAGACACAGGUGCCACGGUCACGGCUGAUAAUACCGCCUGGGUACUUUAUACUUCAGGAAGUACUGGCGAGCCAAAAGGCGUUGUCCUCGAACACGGUGCGCUCGCCACCUGCGUAGUCGCUAAGGCUCGAUUUCUGUCCUUUUCAGCGGAAACUAGGACCCUCCAGUUUGCCGCGUUUACAUUUGACGUUAGCAUCACAGACAUUUUCUGCACUAUGGCCAGUGGUGGCUGCGUGUGUCUAAUGUCCGAAGAGGAGCGUAUGAAUAACUUGGCCGGAUGUUUCCAGAGAGCGAACGCCAAUUACGCUCACUUAACGCCAACAACCCUCAAAUUGCUUACACCUGAUCAAAUUCCAACUUUGACAGACCUUUCUGUCGGUGGCGAGGCAAUGGACUCACAGAUCAUUAACGAGUGGAGUGGUAGAGUCCACCUCACAAACUCAUACGGUCCUUCCGAAUGUACUGUCACAUGUGCGGCCGCGAAAGAUAUGAAGGGUGCUCAGAACAUUGGAAAGCCAUGGGCGGGAGUCUUUUGGGUGGUCUCCCCUGGGAACUACCACAGUCUCUGCCCUAUCGGCGCGCCCGGCGAGCUGCUUGUUGAAGGCCCCCAAGUUGCGCGCGAGUACCUGAAUGACCCUAAAAAGACAGCUCGCGCUUUUGUCACCGACCCUGCAUUCGUGCAAGAGCUAGGUCUCAGCCCGGGUCGGCGCAUGUACCGUACCGGAGAUAUAGUCCAGCAGAACAAAGACGGCUCACUGAACUUUCUGGGCCGUCGCGAUACACAGCUUAAAAUCCGUGGCCAGAGGGUGGAGAUCGGAGAGAUUGAGAGUCAGAUUGUCCGCCUACUGCCAGACGCGCGCGAGGUCGUUGUUGAUGUGGUGCGUCCAGCAGGCGAGGCGCGCGAUGGCUUGCUGAUACUGGUGGCUGUCAUUGAGUAUGCUGCGGAUGGGCCGAUCCCCAGCAGAAAUAAUAACAGCAGCCGUGGAGUGCUGCAGCCUUAUGAGCCUUCACAGAUCACCGACGCGCUGCGAAAAGCCUUAGAAAUGUUGGACAUGGAGCUUGGGCAGGUACUCCCGUCUUACAUGGUUCCCACAGCAUUUCUACUGGUCUCCAGGCUUCCAGUCAACGCCUCUGGCAAGUUAGACCGACGCGCGGUCCGAGAUCAAUUGAGCCUUAUGCCCCGCGGCACGCUGAGCAGCUUCUCUGGCACACUUGACACUAAACAAGCACCGACCACUGCAAUAGAAAAGAAGCUACAGAGUCUGUGGGCUGCAGUAUUCUCGCUUGAACCAGAUGCAGUUGGGAUCAAUGACUCCUUCUUCCGGCUUGGCGGAGAUUCAGUGACAGCUAUGAAGCUGGCGGCAGCUGCUCGAGCCCAGCAGAUUCCUCUAGCUGUAGCUGAUGUCUUCCGAUGGCCCCGUCUCGCAGAUAUAGCAGCUGCUGUAGAGGAGAAAUACCAGCACGCAGACGACACAAACGAAGACCCAGCGCCGCUAAGUCUUUGGCCAGAGCUUAAUCAAUCUGGUACCCAGGUCGAUAUGCGGGAGCAACUCUUAGCUCAUGUUGCCGCGCAGUGCGGGGUCUCUGUCGACCAGAUUGAAGACGUGUACCCGUGCAGCCCAUUGCAGGCUGGGCUGAUGGCUAUCACCGCUCAGCGUCCGGAGGCCUACGUUUUCCAGCGGGUCUUCCGACUGCAUGCCGAUCUCUCUACUUAUCAGCUGAAAACCGCCUGGACACAGCUGGUUGAAACUUUGCCUAUCUUACGGACGCGUAUCAUUCCAUCAGUGCAGGCUAUCGCGUUGCAAAUUGUUGUAAAGGAGCCGACAGUGUGGCACGCAUCAACGUCAUUAGAAGACUACCUCGCCACGGAUCGAGCGAACCCUGUCGUAUACGGUGGCGCACUCAGCCGUACGGCGAUUGUGGAGGACAGCGAGAGUCGGUAUCUUGUAUGGACGAUACACCACAGUGUGUACGACGGAUGGAGCACAAUGAAAAUGAUGGAGCUGCUCGGGCAGCUAUUGAGUGGAGAACCAACUUUUGUUCCAGCGCCAGUCUCGCGCUUCGCUGCCUACUUAGCAAAGCAAGACAAGAAGCAAACGGCAUCAUUUUGGCAAAAGCACUUCGAAGGCGCCAAUUGGACUCGAUUCCCAGCCCUGCCGUCCCCUCAGUACCAGGUCAACCCCCGCGACGUGCUCCGGCGUCAGCUGCGUAUCUCGCUGGCAACAGGUGCGGCGACGACUUCUACGGUGCUUAGAGCCGCCUGGGCUCUGCUGGUCGCCGCCUACACUGGAGCCGACGAAGCCGCCAUCAACGUGGUGCUGUCCGGCCGCAUGGCGGCCGUCGAAGGUAUCACCGACCUGGUGGCGCCAACGGUCACGACAGUACCCUUCCACGUCUCUGCCUCGCGCGGUCAGUCUGUACGAAGCUUGCUUGCCGACAUACACAACCGUGCGACAGAGAUGAUCCCACAUGAACAUACUGGCCUUCAGAAUAUCCGACGUAUGGUACCCAGUUUAGGAUCAGAUUUUGACCCAGGCCAUAUUUUCGUCGUUCAGCCCGUUGGUGAGAGUGAGUCUGCGACAGCGAUGUCCAACAUGACUCUCCAGCGUGAGGCAACCACCAUAGAGGCAUUUGACGCCUACGCCCUGACAGUGGAAUGUUCGGUCACCCAGGGAACAGGCGAGGUUGAAGUUGAGCUGCGUUACGACCGCGCAGUCCUCCCAGUUGAUGAAGCACAGCGUCUCCUUGCUCAGUUCUGUCAUAUCUCUCAGCAGCUGGCGCAAAAUGCUCAGGCAGAGCUGGCACUUGCACAGCUCCAACUACUGGCCCCAGAGGAUAGUGCACAAUUGUGCAAGUGGAACUCGACCGUACCGCCGCGCCUCGAACGCUGUAUUCAUGACCUGGUGCUCGAAACAAUUGCCUCACAGCCGACGAUGCCAGCGAUCAACGCAUGGGAUGGUGAGAUGACGUAUAGCGAGCUGGAAGAUGCGAGCCGUCGACUUGCUCAUCACCUUGCCAAUCGUGGUGUAGGACCGGAGGUGAUGGUCGGUCUAUGCAUGGACAAGUCAAGAUGGGCGGUGGUGGCCAUGCUAGCCAUUCUCCGCGCCGGUGGAGCCGUAGUUCCUCUUGGAGUUCAGCACCCAGUGGCUCGCAUUGAAGGACUUGUCAAAGAUACCGCGGCACCCUUCGUACUGGUCGAUCGCAGAAACGAGGAGCGGCUGGCGGCGCUUGUGGCACAUACGCAGUUGCUCGUCGUUGAUUCUCUCUUUGAAAUGGAUCCGGUAACGCCACAGGCGGUGAAGUCCGCCGAAAUCUGCUCAUCCGUACAGUCUAAGCACAUUGCUUGGGUCAUCUUUACCUCCGGCAGCACCGGCACACCUAAAGGUGUCGUGCUCGAGCAUGGCGCUCUAGUCACGAGCGUUGCCACUCACGCCCGUUUCCUUUCAAUGGGACCAAAGACCCGCAGCUUCCAGUUCGCAAACUACACGUUCGAUGUCAGCAUCUCCGACAUCCUUGCCACUCUGUUCUCUGGUGGCUGCAUAUGCAUCCCGUCAGAGCAUGCCCGGAUGAAUCAUCUGGCGUUGACCAUGCAGCAAUUCGAUGCUAACUACGCAAAUCUCACACCAACAGUGGUGAAUCUCCUGGUUCCCUCAGAGCACCCAGGGCUGUCCACCCUGGUAGUAGGUGGAGAGCCGCUGGAUCCUCGAAUUAUUGAGCUGUGGUCUGACACUGCUCGUGUGAUCAAUUCAUAUGGGCCGUCAGAAUGUUCCAUCUUCAUCGCGGCCAGUCACGAUCUCCGGCGAAAAGACGAGGCCGCAAUUGUGGGAAAGCCAGUAGCCAGCCGGUUCUGGGUGGUCGAUCCAGCUGACGUUGGCCAACUGGUUCCUCUGGGCGCGCCAGGUGAGCUACUCAUCGAAGGACCACUGCUUUCGCGUGGUUACCUGAACGACCCCACAAAGACGGCGGCGUCGUUCAUAAUGGAUCCUGCGUUCCUGAAAGACUUGGGCCUCAGCCAUGGCCGGCGCAUGUAUCGUUCUGGAGAUAUAGUACGACAUAACGUGGACGGCUCGCUCACAAUGAUGGGCCGCCGCGACACACAGGUCAAGAUCCGCGGCCAGCGGGUGGAGAUUGGCGAAAUCGAGAGUCAGAUUGUCCGCCUGCUGCCAGAUGCACGCGAGGCCAUUGUCGAUGUCGUGCGUCCGGCAGGCGAGGCGCACGACGGCCCGCUGAUUCUGGUGGCCGUUGUCGAGUAUACCGCAGACGGGUCAGCCCGUAGCAGCAGCAAUACAAACGGAGAGCUAGAGCCUUACGAGCCUUCGCAGAUCACCGAUGCCUCUCGUACAGCACUAGAGCAGUUGGUCGUCCAGCUCGAGCAGGUAUUGCCGCCUUACAUGGUCCCCACAGCCUUUCUCCUGGCCCCAAAGAUUCCAGUGAACGCCUCUGGAAAGUUAGACCGCCGCGCUGUCCGAAGCCGGGUGGCUUUGAUGCCCCGCGACGCGUUGAGCAGCUUUUCCGGCUCGCUAGAAGGCAAGCAAGCACCGACUACCGCAAUGGAACAGAAGUUGCAGCAUAUCUGGGCUACGGCACUAGCGCUCGCACCAGACGAGGUGGGAACGAACGACUCCUUCUUCCGGCUUGGUGGAGACUCGGUGGCAGCAAUGAAACUGACAGCAGCCGCUCGAGCGCAACAUAUUCCCCUAGCUGUAGCUGAUGUCUUCCGCUGGCCCCGUCUCAUAGAUGUAGCAGCGGCUGUAGAAAAGAGACAGCUUGAAAACAAUGGCCUUGGAAAAGAAGACGCAGAGCCGCUAAGUUUGUGGCCGGAAGCUGCGCAGACUGACGCCCACACCAACAACACCAAGCGAGCGCGAUUGUUAGCUGAUGUUGCCGCGCAGUGCGACGUCGGUGCUGACCAGAUUGAGGAUGUCUACCCGUGCAGCCCGUUGCAGGCCGGGCUCAUGGCUAUUACUGCUCAGCGACCCGAGGCCUACGUUUUCCAGCGGGUUUUCCGACUACAUGCUGAUCUGUCUACUCAGCACUUGAAGGACGCCUGGGCAAGGGUAGUUGAAUUGCUGCCCAUCUUGCGGACUCGCAUCAUCCCCUCAACACAUGCUAUUGCAUUGCAAGUAGUUGUACAAGAGCAGCCAAUAUGGCACGCGUCGACGUCGCUGAACGACUACCUUGCCCAGGAUCGAGGAGCUCCCAUAGCCUACGGCGGCCAACUAAGUCGUACGGCAAUUGUGGAGAGCGACGGUCGUCGGUACUUUGUGUGGACGACACAUCACAGUGUAUAUGACGGAUGGAGCUUUAUGAAGAUCAUGGAGAUACUCGCACAGUUGUUAAGAGGUGAGACGCCUGCCGUUUUGGUGCCUGUGUCGCGCUUCAUCGCCUACUUGGCGAAGCAAGACAAGGAACAGACAGCAGCAUUCUGGCAGAAGCAUUUCGAAGGCGCCAACUGGACCCGCUUCCCAGCCCUGCCGUCCCCUCAGUACCAGGUCAACCCCCGCGACGUGCUCCGGCGUCAGCUGCGUAUCUCGCUGGCAACAGGUGCGGCGACGACUUCUACGGUGCUUAAAGCCGCCUGGGCUCUGCUGGUUGCUGCCUACACUGGAGCCGACGAAGCCGCCAUCAACGUGGUGCUGUCCGGCCGCAUGGCGGCCGUCGAAGGUAUCACAGAUCUUGUAGCGCCAACGGUCACGACAGUACCCUUCCACGUCUCUGCUUCACGCGAUCAAUCUGUGCGCGACUUCCUUGCUGCCAUACAAGAACGAGCCACAGAGAUGAUUCCGUACGAGCACACUGGUCUUCAGAACAUUCGACGCAUGGUACCUAGCCUUGGGUCAGAGUUCGACCCAGGCCACAUCUUUGUAGUUCAGCCAGUGGGAGAGAGUGAAUCAGCAACGCCGAUCAUCAACAUGACACUCGAACGCGAGGCCGCUUCCAACAAUGCCUUCAAUGCUCACGCGUUGACAGUCGAGUGCUCGGUGGACCAGGGGACAGGCGAGGUUGAGGUCGAACUACACUACGACCGCGCAGUACUCCCAGUUGAUACUGCGCAGCGUCUCCUUGCGCAAUUUGGCCAUAUCUCGCAGCAGCUGGCGCAAAAUGCUGAGAUGGAGCUAGGACUAUUUCGACUCCAAGUAUUGCCACCUGAAGACAGUGGAAAAUUGUGCAAGUGGAACUCGACCGUACCGCCACGCGUCGAGCGCUGCAUCCACGAUCUUGUCCAGUAUAGAAUGGUCACCCAGCCGACGGCGCCAGCGAUCAGCGCGUGGGAUGGUGAGAUGUCGUAUAGUGAACUGAACGAUGCCAGCCGCCGCCUAGCUCACCACCUGGUCCACCAGGGAGUAGGGCCGGAGGUGAUGGUUGGUCUAUGCAUGGACAAGUCAAAGUGGGCGGUGGUAGCCAUGCUAGCCAUCCUCCGCGCUGGCGGUGCCGUGGUACCUCUCGGCGUACAGCAUCCGUUGGCUCGCAUCGAGAAUAUUGUCAAAGACACGGCCGCAUCACUCGUACUGGUAGAUCACAACCACAAGCAACGACUGUCAGCGCUUUCGACCGGAACGCAGCUGCUUGUAGUUGACUCUUUCUUCGACAACCCAUUAAUUCCGGCGACAACGGCAACUAUUGAGCCCUGUACAUUCGUACGGCCGGAGAAUGUCGCUUGGGUUAUUUAUACUUCUGGCAGUACCGGCACACCUAAGGGCGUCGUACUCGAGCAUGGCGCUAUUGCGACAAGUAUCCUAGCCCAUGGACCUGCGUUCGGUAUACAGGCUCACGACAGGCUGUCGCAAUUUGCAGCAUACACCUUUGAUGUUGCCAUUCAAGAAGUCAUGACGACGCUUUCUUUUGGGGCCUGUAUCUGUGUGCCCUCCGAAGAGGAUCGCGUCAACCACCUCACACGCUUCCUAUCAGAAGCGAGUAUUACUAUAGCUACAUUGACAUCAACCGUAGCCUCACUGAUCCAGCCACAGGAUACACCAACAAUACGCACGCUUGUUUUGAUGGGAGAAGCUGUACAGCUAAAGGUUGUUGAUCAGUGGCUAGGUCAUGCUGACAUUGUCAACGCCUACGGUCCUUCAGAAUGUUGUAUACACUCAACAGGUAAUAGAAUCACCAGAAGGUCUGACGCAGCCAAUGUGGGAAAGCCGCUGGCAGGCGUAUUUUGGGUCGUCAAUCCUGCCAAAUUCGAUCAACUGGUUCUUCUGGGCGCGCCGGGCGAACUGCUUAUUGAAGGCCCACAAGUAGCCCGCGAGUACUUGAACGACCCGGAAAAGACGGCUGCGGCCUUUUUGACGGACCCUGCAUUUGUGCAGGAGCUAGGUCUUAGCCCUAGCCGGCGCAUGUACCGCACCGGCGAUCUGGUACGCCAGAACCCUGACGGCACACUAACCUACCUCGGCCGUCGAGAUACACAGGUCAAGAUCCGCGGUCAGCGCGUGGAGAUUGGUGAGAUUGAGAGUCAGAUUGUCCGCCUGCUGCCAGACGCACGGGAGGUCGUUGUUGACGUCGUGCGUCCGGCAGGCGAGGCGCACGACGGCCCGCUGAUACUAGUGGCCGUUGUCGAGUAUGCUGCGUCAUCGACUCGGCCAACCCGAAGCACAAGCAGCAGCGGAGAAUUGGAACUCUACGAGCCUUCACAGAUCACGAAUGCCGCUCGUACAGCGCUAGAGAAGCUGGACGCCCAGCUCGAGCAGGUACUUCCGUCGUACAUGGUUCCAACAGCGUUUCUACUAGUCGCAAAGCUUCCGAUCAACGCGUCUGGAAAACUAGACCGCCACACUAUUCGCAGUCAGCUGGGUUUGAUGCGUCGUGACGCGCUGAGCAGCUUCUCUGACUCGCUUGACGUCAAACAAGCACCGACUACUGUGAUAGAACGGAAGCUUCAGAACUUGUGGGCUACAGCACUGGCGCUUGCACCAGACGCAAUAGGAAUGAACAACUCCUUCUUUCGGUUAGGUGGAGACUCAGUGACAGCUAUGAAGCUGACGGCAGCGGCGCGAAGCCAGCAGAUCUCCCUGUCAGUGGCUGACAUAUUCCGCUGGCCUCGUCUUAUGGAUCUCGCAGCGGCCAUAGAACGAAAACAACAAGAAGGUAAUGGCCCUGUGGACGAAGACCCGGCACCACUGAGCUUGUGGCCGGAGCUUACCCAAAGCGACCACGCCGAGCGAGCACAACUUCUGGCCGACCUUGCUGCGCAGUGCGGGGUCUCUGUCGACCAGAUUGAAGACGUGUACCCGUGCAGCCCAUUGCAGGCUGGGCUGAUGGCUAUCACCGCUCAGCGUCCGGAGGCCUACGUUUUCCAGCGGGUCUUCCGACUGCAUGCCGAUCUCUCUACUUAUCAGCUGAAAACCGCCUGGACACAGCUGGUUGAAACUUUGCCUAUCUUACGGACACGUAUCGUUCCAUCAGUGCAGGCCAUUGCCCUUCAAGUAGUCGUCCAGGAGCAGACAGUAUGGCACGAAGCGACGUCGCUCGACGACUACCUCGACACGGAUCGAGCAAAUCCUGUCGUAUACGGUGGCGCACUCAGCCGUACGGCGAUUGUGGAGGACAGCGAGAGUCGGUACUUUGUAUGGACGAUACAUCACAGCGUGUACGAUGGAUGGAGCAUUAUCAAAAUAAUAGAAUUGCUAGAGCGACUACUACAUGGGGAGCCGCCUUCCGUCCCAGUACCGGUCUCACGCUUCAUAGCCUACCUGGCGCGGCAGGACAAGGAACAGACAGCAGCAUUCUGGCAGAAGCAUUUCGAAGGCGCCAACUGGACCCGCUUUCCAGCCCUGCCGUCCCCUCAGUACCAGGUCAACCCCCGCGACGUGCUCCAGCACCAGCUGCGUAUCUCGCUGGCAACAGGUUCGGCGACGACUUCUACAGUGCUUAAAGCCGCCUGGGCUCUGCUGGUUGCUGCCUACACUGGAGCCGACGAAGCCGCCAUCAACGUGGUGCUGUCCGGCCGCAUGGCGGCCGUCGAAGGUAUCACCGAUCUUGUAGCGCCAACGGUCACGACAGUACCCUUCCACGUCUCUGCCUCGCGCGAUCAGUCUAUUCACAGCUUUCUUGCUGACGUCCAUGAUCGUGCAACAGAGAUGAUUCCAUACGAGCACACUGGUCUUCAGAACAUUCGACGUCUAGUCCCUAGCCUUGGAUCAGAGUUCGACCCAGGUCACAUCUUUGUAGUUCAGCCUGCUGCAGAGAGCGAGUCAGCAACACCAAUGUUCAACAUGGAACUUGAGCCUAAUGCAACCCCCAUAGAGGCAUUUGACGCCUAUGCUCUGACAAUAGAAUGCUUGGUCAGCCAGGGGACAGGCGAGGUUGGAGUUGAAAUUCGCUUCGACCGUUCCGUACUUCCAGUCGACAACGCUGAACGCCUGCUCGCCCAGUUCAGCCAUAUUGCACAACAGCUAGCGCACAACGCAGAAUCAUCGCAGCCACUCGGUCAGCUUCAAUUACUGUCCCCAGCGGACGGUGCGCAAUUGCGCAAGUGGAACUCGACUAUGCCACCACGCGUGGAGCGCUGCAUCCAUGACCUGGUGCUUGACCAGAUGGCAUCCCAGCCGACAGCACCGGCCAUCAGCGCAUGGGACGGCGAGAUGACGUACGGCGAGCUGAACGAUGCCAGUAAUCAGCUUGCUUAUUAUCUGGUCGGACACGGAGUAGGUCCAGAAGUGAUGGUCGGUUUGUGCAUGGACAAGUCCAAGUGGGCGGUCGUAGCCAUGCUAGCCAUCCUCCGCGCCGGCGGUGCCGUGGUACCUCUCGGCGUACAGCAUCCGCUGGUUCGCGUCGAGCGCAUCAUUGAAGACACUGCGGCACCUCUCUUGCUGGUAGACAGCGCCCACGAGCAGCGGCUGGUAGCACUGACAGCACACACGCAGCUGCUUGCCGUCGACUCUUUCUUCGAGAAAGCUCAGACGGUACCAAAAGUGCCGACCUAUGCUGAACCUUGCACCUCUGUACGACCAGAGCACGUGGCAUGGGUCAUCUAUACCUCUGGGAGCACUGGUACGCCCAAGGGUGUCGUACUCCAGCACGGCGCCUUGGCGACGAGCAUCCUUGCCCAUGGACCUGCCUUUGGUAUACAGUCUGAAGACCGAUUGUCACAGUUUGCAGCAUACACGUUUGAUGUUGCUAUUCAGGAAAUAAUGACUACUCUGUCUUUUGGGGCCUGUAUCUGUGUGCCCUCUGAAGCAGAUCGCGUCAACAACCUCACACGCUUCUUGUCAGACACGAAUGUCACCAUAGCUACCCUUACUUCAACUGUAGCCUCGCUGGUUCAGCCGCAAGAAACCCCAACGGUACGGAGGCUGGUUCUAAUGGGCGAAGCAGUUCAAGCGAAGGUUGUCGAUCAGUGGCUAGAGCAUGCUAGCAUUAUCAACGCCUACGGUCCCUCAGAAUGUUGUAUACACUCAACAGGUAACAACAUUACAAAUAGGUCAGAGGCUACUAACGUGGGAAAGCCACUGGCAGGUAUGUUCUGGGUUGUAAAUCCUGCCGACAUUCACCAAUUAGUCCCACUUGGCGCUCCUGGGGAGCUGCUCAUCGAAGGCCCCCAACUUGCGCGGGGAUACCUGAAUGACACUGCCAAGACCACCGCCGCCUUUAUCACAGACCCUGCCUUUGCGCUAGAGUUGGGUUUUGGGUCGGGCCGGCGGAUGUACCGCACUGGCGAUCUGGUACGCCAGAACCCUGACGGCACACUAACCUACCUCGGCCGUCGAGAUACACAGGUCAAGAUCCGCGGUCAGCGCGUGGAAAUUGGUGAGAUUGAGAGUCAGAUUGUCCGCCUGCUGCCAGACGCACGGGAGGUCGUUGUUGACGUCGUGCGUCCGGCAGGCGAGGCACACGACGGCCCGCUGAUACUAGUGGCCGUGGUUGAGUAUGCUACAGACGUUAAAAGUAGCAGCAGCAGCAGCCAUGGUGAACUUCAGUCCUUCAAGCCUUCACAGAUCACCGACCCAUUACGAAAAGCCCUGGCAAUACUAGACGUCGAGCUCGGGCAGGUACUACCGUCCUACAUGGUUCCUACGGCAUUUUUACUGGUUUCUGAGCUUCCGAUCAACGCGUCUGGCAAGCUAGACCGACGCGCCGUCCGGGACCAAUUGAGCCUCAUGCCCCGCGAUGCUCUGAGUAGCUUCUCUGGCUCGUUAGACGGCAAGCAGGCACCAUCUACUGCGAUGGAACUCAAGCUACAAAGUCUGUGGGCUACGACACUCGCGCUUGCACCAGACGCAGUAGGGACUAACGACUCAUUCGUCCGGCUUGGUGGAGAUUCAGUUGCGGCAAUGAAACUGACGGCGGCGGCGCGCAGCCAGCAAAUUCCCUUGUCAGUGGCUGACAUCUUCCGCUGGCCUCGUCUUGCAGACAUGGCAAAGGCGAUGGAGGAGAAGUGCCAGGACGAGAACGGUUUCCUCAACGACACAGACGAAGAAUCAGCGCCAUAUAGUCUGUGGCAGGAGCUUGACCAGGCUGACGACGUCAAGCGCACACAGCUCUUAGCUGACGUUGCCGCGCAGUGCAGUGUCUCUGUCGACCAGAUUGAGGACAUUUAUCCGUGCAGCUCGUUACAGGCUGGACUGAUGGCUAUCACCGCUCAGCGUCCCGAGGCCUACAUCGCCCGUCGCGUUUUCAAACUCCAUGCCGACCUCUCCACUCAUCAGCUGAAGGCCGCCUGGACAAGGGUUACUGAACUACUCCCCAUCCUACGGACACGUAUCAUCCCCUCGGUAGAGGCUAUUGCCCUCCAAGUAGUCGUCCAGGAGCAGCCAGUAUGGCACGAAUCUUUAUCACUCAACGACUACCUCGCCACAGAUAGAGCGGUAUCGAUCGUCUACGGCGGCGCGCUUAGUCGUACAGCGAUUGUGGAGGACAACGGUCGUUGGUAUUUCGUCUGGACGGCACACCACAGCAUCUACGACGGCUGGAGCUUAGUCAAGAUUAUGGAGAUGCUCGCACAGCUAUUGAGGGGUGAGAAACCUUCCGCUUCAGUGCCGGUCUCGCGCUUCAUCGCCUAUUUGGCGCGGCAGGACAAGGAAGAGACGACAGCAUUCUGGCAGAAACACUUCGAAGGCGCCAACAACUGGACUCGCUUCCCAGCGCUGCCGUCUGCGCAGUAUCAGGUCAAACCACGUGACGUACUCCGGCGCCAGCUGCGUAUAUCGCUGGCGACAGGUGCCGCGACGACUUCUACUGUGCUUAGAACCGCUUGGGCUCUGUUGGUCGCCGCCUACACUGGCGCCAACGAAGCCGCCAUCAACGUGGUGCUGUCCGGCCGUAUGGCAGCUGUACAUGGCAUUACCAACCUGGUGGCUCCGACUGUCACUACAGUUCCAUUUUACGUUUCUUUCCCCCAAGAUCAAUCUGUACGCAGCCUACUUGCUGAGGUACACAACCGUGCGACGGAUAUGAUCCCCCACGAGCACACUGGUCUUCAGAACAUUCGACGCAUGGUAUCCAGCCUUGGGUCAGACUUUGAUCCAGGCCAUAUCUUUGUAGUCCAACCUGCUGCAGAGAGCGAGUCAGCAACUCCGAUGUUUAACAUGGACCUAGAGCGUGAGGCGGACUCUACAGAGGCGUUUGACGCCUAUGCGCUGACAGUAGAAUGUUCCGUCAACCAGGGCACAGAUGAGGUUGCAGUGGAAGUACGCUUCGAUCGCGCAGUACUUCCGGUCGAGAACGCUGAACGCCUGCUCGCCCAGUUCAGCCACAUUGCACAGCAGCUAGCGUCUAACGCGGAUGCGGAGCUGGCGCUCAUGCGGCUCCAACUCCUGCCGUCAGAAGAUGGUGCCCAAUUUUCAAAGUGGAAUGCUACUGUGCCGCCGUGUACUCAGCGCUGCGUCCACGACCUGGUGCUUGACAAGAUGGCCUCUCAGCCCACUGCACCGGCCAUCAGCGCAUGGGACGGUGAGAUGACGUACGGCGAGCUGGACGAUGCGAGCCGACGCCUAGCCCACCACCUGGUCGAGCGCGGAGUCGGCCCAGAAAUCAAGGUCGGCCUGUGCAUGGAUAAGUCGAAGCGGGGAAUAGUGGCCAUGUUGGCUAUCCUCCGCGCCGGCGGAGCUGUAGUCCCACUGGGAGUGCAGCACCCGCUUGCCCGUAUUGAGGGAAUUGUCCAGGACAUCGCAUCGCCGCUUGUACUAGUCGACCGCGUCCAUGAGCAACGACUGGCGGCACUGACAGCCAAUGCGCAAUUGCUUGUCGUUGACUCUUUCUUUGAAGCCUCAACAACGACGCCCAACAAUAUAACGACCGUCGAGCCUAGUGCGUCCGUACGGCCCGAGCACGUGGCUUGGAUCAUCUACACUUCUGGCAGCACGGGUACGCCUAAGGGUGUCGUACUCGAGCAUGGCGCUAUUGCAACAAGCAUUCUAGCCCAUGGAUCUGCAUUCGGCAUCCAAUUUCACGAUCGAUUGUCGCAGUUUGCAGCAUACACCUUUGAUGUUGCCAUUCAAGAGAUCAUGACGACUCUGUCGUUUGGAGCGUGCGUCUGCGUUCCUUCAGAAGAAGAUCGUGUCAACCAUCUAUCACGCUUCCUAUCGGACUCACAGGUGACUAUAGCUACCCUCACGUCAACUGUAGCCUUACUCGUCCGGCCACAGGAUGCGCCAACAGUGCGAACCCUGGUUUUGAUGGGUGAAGCAGUUCAACCAAAGGUCGUCGAUCAAUGGCUGGAGCACGCUAAUAUCAUCAACGCCUACGGUCCUUCGGAAUGUUGUAUACACGCAACAGGUAAUAUGAUCACCCGAGGGGCAGAUGCAGCCAACAUUGGAAAGCCACUUGCAGGUGCUUUCUGGGUUGUGAAUCCUGCAAACGUUGGACAGCUGGUCCCUCUUGGCGCUCCCGGUGAGCUACUUAUUGAAGGGCCCCAAGUAGCCCGUGAGUACCUGAACGACCCGACAAAGACGGCUGCGGCCUUUGUGAUGGACCCUGCGUUCGUCCAGGAGCUGGGGCUGAGCGCGGGUCGACGCAUGUACCGUACCGGCGAUCUGGUACGACAGAACCCGGACGGCAACCUUAUCUAUCUCAGUCGCAUUGACGCGCAGAUCAAGAUCCGCGGUCAGAGAGUGGAGACUGGCGAGAUCGAGUACCACAUCGGUAAGCAGACGGGCAUACACGACGCUGUUGUACUUUACAUGCACGAAGGUCCUCUGGCUGGUCGUCUUGUCGCUGCUGUCGUGCUGGGGGAACCUUUGCCAUCUGACGCGGUCGACCGCCAUCACGCCGCUAUCCAACGCAUUUCUGCAGAGCAGUAUGAAAGCGCUCAGGUGAUUUUACGCGCGGCACAGCAAGUCCUUUCCCAGCAGGUCAUGCACUACAUGGUGCCGAGCGUCUGGAUCCCUCUAGCAGCCGUACCGGUCAACCCAUCCGGCAAGACAGAUCGGCUUGCACUCACUCGCUGGAUGCAGUCACUGUCAGAAGAAGAAGCUGCCACACUUACCAAGGCUGAGGAGAUUGAUGAUCAAGCUGAACUGCUAGCAACUCCUGUCGAGCAGCAGCUGCGGCAGAUAUGGAGCGAGGUGCUCGGCGUGCCACUUCGCAACGUGACGUACACCGCCAACUUCUUCAGUCUUGGUGGCGACUCAAUCACAGCGAUGCAGGUCGUAUCAACCAGCCGAGCGCAUGGUAUUCUUAUCACUGUGCGAAAGGUUCUCGAAUGUCAGACAAUACCCGAGUUGGCAGCUCAAGCACAGACUGGGAUGAACGCAGACUCAGCGUCUCGCGUACCAGACGGCGCCUUCGCGCUGUCGCCCAUCCAACAGAUGUACUUUGAGGACAUCGCCGCAGACGGACUGGAGGUUGCAAGGGAGCACCGAUUCAAUCAAGGAGUCUCGCUGCAAAUUACUCGUCAGGUAGAGCCUACAGAGCUGGCUCAGGCACUGGACACCGUCGUUGCCAAACACGCUAUGCUUCGAGCUCGCUUCCAGCAUAGCCAGGCGCACGGCAGUUGGCAGCAGUGGAUUCAGGGAGAGGUUACUGGGUCGUACCGCUUCGCUACGCACACGGCGGCCGACGCGCAGUCUAUGCAUCGUACGAUUGCUCAGUCUGAGGCGUCCCUUGACCUCGAGUAUGGUCCCGUAUUCGCGGCCGACUUGAUCCAACGUCAGGAUAAACAGAUUCUCCACUUAGCCGCCCAUCACCUUGUCAUUGACCUGGUGUCGUGGCGCAUCCUGAUUCGAGACCUGGAAGAGCUCCUCACCCAUCACAAACUGCCAAAUUCAACUAGUUUGUCUUUUCCAGCAUGGCUAGAGCGACAACGAGAAUCGCUUAUGGAGACCUCACCAGCAGAUACUUUACCCUUUGCAGUGCCGACAGCAAACUGGGAGUACUGGGGCCUCACUCCUCGCCAUGACGUGUGGGACGAUCUAUCCAGCAUCAGGGCCAAGUGCGAUCCCAAUACAACGUCGCUGCUGUUUGGCAGCGCCAACACCGCUCUAAAGACUGAGCCAGUUGAGAUCAUGCUGGCUGCCUUUUUUGUGUCAUUCAGACAGGUCUUUGGGGACCGUAGUACACCUGCUGUCUUCACUGAGGGACAUGGCCGUGAGGCUCAAGGCGAUGAAACUGACUUAUCCGACACAAUCGGUUGGUUCACGACUAUGACCCCGCUUCAUGUGCCGCUAGAAUCUGAAGCUGAGAGCGCCGUUCGUGUCCUGCGACAAGUAAAGGACCAGCGCCGGCGCAUUCCUGGCCGCGGUGUGCCAUACUUUGGGAGCCGUUACCUGACCACUCGCGGAAGAGAGCUGUUUGCAGGUCACGGCCCAGCCGAAGUCAUCUUCAACUAUUCUGGACGAUUCCAGCAAGCUGAGCGAGAAGACGCGCUGUUCCGGUUCAACAAUGAUGACGACGGCGAGAGCGCGACACCAGAAGUCGGUGGCUUGGUCAAGAUCUAUGCCGCGCUUGACGUCUCUGUCGCGGUACAAGCAGGCGAGCUGCAGGUCAACGUCCGCUUCAGCCGCCAGGCACAACACCAAUCAGCUAUACUGCGGUGGGUAGAAGCGUACGGCAACGCUGUGAAGAGCCUUGUAGAAGAGCUGGUCGCAACGGGACCAACAGCGACAGCAACCGACUUCCCACUUAUGCGUCUGUCUGACGGCGAUAUGGCGACGAUUGAGAGGCAAUACCUCCCUACCAUCGGCCUUUCCUCUACCAACCAAGUUGAAGACAUUCUGCCUUGCUCACCGCUCCAGCAAGGUAUUCUACUCACGCAGCUGCAAUCGCCGUCGACAUACUGCAUCCAACAGACGUGCCGUAUCCUAUCAUCUAAUCCACUACAGCAACCGGUCAGUGCAACGCAGCUUAUCAGAGCCUGGCGCCAGAUUGUCGCGCGGCACUCUGUCCUUAGAACCAUUCUACUAGAGCCACUACCAGGACAGGAAAGAUUCGUUCAGAUCGUUCUAAGGCAGCCAGAUGCAAGUAUUGUUAGUGUUGAUGGUAUUGCAGACAGUGCUGUAGCUGAGUGGUUUGCUUCUCAGCCAGUACUUGACCUUUCAGACCUCCGUCGUCCACCGCACCGUCUAACUUUGUUGACAACAACCACGGGCGAGGUAUACUGCCGCCUCGAUGUAAGCCACACCCUGGUAGACGCUUCUUCAGUGGCCCUUAUCCUCCGCGACCUCAUUGCCGCCUAUGAGGGCGCAUUACCAGCAAGCAGUGGCUCUAAAUACAGUGACUACGUCGCCUUCCUCGAGGGAAGAAAGCCACAAGAUGACCUUUCGUACUGGAAGGCGUUGUUGGGCACCGCUGAGCCGUGUAUACUGCUGCCACAAGAACCGCUUCACAGCGUUGACCAGGCAAAGCUCGGGAGAGUCUCUAUGCGAUUCGACGACCUUUCCAUCCUCCAUCGCUUCCGGGAUACAUACGGCGUUUCAAUAGCGAGCAUCUGUCAACUUGCCUGGGCUCUAGUGCUUGCAAGACGGACAGGAACACACAAUGUCAGCUUCGGCAACUUGUCGAGCGGCCGUGACGCGCCUAUUCCGGGGGUAGAAGAUCUGGUUGGGCCUAUGAUCAAUAUGCUUGUGUGCCACCUUCAGCUCGACUGGGGCGCAAGCGUGUCCAACACAGCUCGUGAUCUACACAACCAGUCCAUCGAAGCGUUCGAUCACCAGCAGACAUCACUUGCAUCUAUCCAGCAUGAGCUUGGUCUUUCUAGAAACCAGCCGCUGUUUAACAGCACUCUUUCGUACAAAAGAACACCUCCAACUAGUUCCAGACCUACGGCAAUUACUAUUAAAAGCCUAGCCGCGGAGGACCCAACAGAGUACGACAUCAACGUCAACAUCGAUGUGGCAGCAACCGAACUGAAUUUGUCCAUACAAUACUCAACUGCAACAACGUCAGGCGCGGCGGCUACUAGACUCGCCGAUAGCUUGCUUCAAGCCAUACGUGCCAUCUGCGAGAACGCGGAGCGCCCUCUCGGCCAACUCAAUUUACUGUCAGCCGAGGACGGGGCACAGUUCCGCACGUGGAAUUCAACCAUGCCAUCACGCCUCAACUGCUGCGUCCAUGACCUCGUCGUAGACCAGAUGGCUGCCAACCCGGCAGCGCUGGCAGUCAGCGCUUGGGAUGGAGAGAUGUCGUACGGCGAGGUAGAUGACGCCAGCCGUCGGUUGGCUUAUCACCUGGUGGAGCGAGGGGUUGGUCCCGAUGUGAUGGUUGGUAUGUGUAUGAACAAGUCGAAAUUAGGGGUGGUAGCUAUGCUGGCCAUCCUCCGCGCAGGCGGUGCUGUAGUUCCUCUUGGAGUGCAACACCCACUGGCCCGUAUUGAGGUUAUCGUCCAAGACACUGCAUCGCCGCUUGUACUAGUCGAUCGCGUCCAUGAGCAACGGCUGGCGUCACUAGCAGCUAAUACGCAACUGCUCGCUGUUGACUCAUUCUUUGACGUCCUAUCGACCCCAGAGACAACACCAACCGCCGAGCCCAGCACUUCUGUACGUCCAGAGCACGUGGCGUGGGUUAUUUAUACUUCUGGUAGCACCGGAAAGCCGAAAGGCGUCGUACUCCAACAUGGUGCCCUUGCGACAAGCAUCCUCUUCCAUGGUCGUAGACUCGAUAUACAGUCUCACGACCGUCUACUGCAGUUUGCAGCGUUUACCUUCGAUGCCGCUAUUCAAGAGAUUAUUACAGCCCUGUCAUUUGGCGCAAGCACCUGUAUUCCAUCUGAAGACGAUCGCACAGACCGGCUCACAGCCUACCUAUCGGAAGCGAAGGUUACUCUAGCUACCUUGACUUCAACUGUAGCCGCACUGGUGCGGCCACAAGACACACCGACAGUGCGAACGCUGAUUCUGAUGGGCGAAGCUGUCCAAGCGAAGGUGGUCGAUCAGUGGAUCGAUCACGCCACUGUCAUCAAUGCCUACGGGCCCUCAGAAUGCUGUAUACACUCGACAUGUACAAAGGUUCGGGAUGGUUCUGUAGCUCUGAACAUAGGAACUGCGAUUGCUGGUGGUACCUGGAUAGUCAACCCUGCCAGUAUCGGACAAUUGGUUCCACUUGGUGCGCCGGGCGAGCUCCUUAUCGAAGGACCGCUGUUGGCGCGCGAAUACCUCAACGACUCUAUUAAGACAGCCGCCGCAUUCAUAAAAGAUCCUGCAUUCGUGCAGGAGCUAGGCCUCAGCCCGGGACGACGCAUGUACCGUACUGGUGACCUGGUACGCCAGAACGCUGACGGCACCAUUACCUACCUUGGCCGUAUCGACGCGCAGAUCAAGAUCCGCGGUCAGCGAGUAGAGACUGGCGAGAUCGAGUAUCACAUCGGCAAGCAAGCUGGUGUACACGACGCAGUCGUACUCUACAUGCGCCAGGGACCUCUAGCUGGUCGUCUUGUUGUUGCUGUCGUCCUGGGCGAAAAUUCGACAGCUGGUUCUGUCGAUCGCCAGCGGCACGCCGUCAGACGUAUUCCAAGUGAACAGCAGGAGAGCGCUCGACUACAACUACGGGACGCCCAGCAAGCCCUUUCCCAGCAGGUCAUGCACUACAUGGUGCCGAGCGUCUGGAUCCCUCUAGCAGCCGUACCGGUCAACCCAUCCGGCAAGACAGAUCGGCUUGCACUCACUCGCUGGAUGCAGUCACUGUCAGAAGAAGAAGCUGCCACACUUACCAAGGCUGAGGAGAUUGAUGAUCAAGCUGAACUGCUAGCAACUCCUGUCGAGCAGCAGCUGCGGCAGAUAUGGAGCGAGGUGCUCGGCGUGCCACUUCGCAACGUGACGUACACCGCCAACUUCUUCAGUCUUGGUGGCGACUCAAUCACAGCGAUGCAGGUCGUAUCAACCAGCCGAGCGCAUGGUAUUCUUAUCACUGUGCGAAAGGUUCUCGAAUGUCAGACAAUACCCGAGUUGGCAGCUCAAGCCCGGACAACUGAGAACACAGACCUAACAGCGCGAGUGCCAGACGGCGCCUUCGCCCUGUCGCCAGUUCAAGAGAUGUAUUUUGAGGACAUCGCCGCAGACGGACUGGAUGUUGCAGGGGAGCACCGAUUCAAUCAAGCAGUCUCACUGCGGAUCACCCGCCAGGUAGAGCCCGCACAAGUGGCUCGGGCACUGGACACUGUCGUUGCGAAACACGCUAUGCUUCGAGCUCGUUUCCAAAGCCAAGCACACAGCUGGCAUCAGUGGAUUGAGAAAGAGAUCUCUGGAUCGUACCGCUUUACUACGCACGAAGCUGCGAACGCGCAGUCUCAGCGGCGUAUGAUUGCUCAAUCUCAGGCGUCUCUUAACCUUGAGCAUGGACCGGUCUUCACGGCCGACAUAAUCCAACGGCAAGACAAACAGGUCCUUCACUUAGCCGCCCACCACCUCGUUGUUGACCUCGUAUCGUGGCGUAUCCUAAUUCGAGAUCUGGAAGAGCUCCUUACACAUCACAAACUGCCGAAUCCGACCAGUCUAUCGUUCCCGGUGUGGCUGGAGCGACAACGCGACUCGCUGAGUAAAUUUGAGAGCAAAAUUUCUUCGCCAGGAGACACCUUGCCCGUCGCAGUACCGGCUGCUAACUGGGAGUACUGGGGUCUUACUCCUCGCCAUGACGUGUGGGACGAUCUUUCCAGCAUCAGGGCCAAGUGCGAUCCCAAUACAACGUCGCUGCUGUUUGGCAGCGCCAACACCGCUCUAAAGACUGAGCCAGUUGAGCUCAUGCUGGCUGCCUUUUUUGUGUCAUUCAGACAGGUCUUUGAGGACCGUAGUACACCUGCUGUCUUCACUGAGGGACAUGGCCGUGAGGCUCAAGGCGAUGAAACUGACCUGUCCGACACAAUCGGUUGGUUCACGACUAUGACCCCGCUUCAUGUGCCGCUAGAAGCUGGGGCUGUUUCGAACAGCGCUGUGCACGUCCUCAAACAAGUCAAGGACCAACGUCGACGCAUCCCCGGUCGCGGUGUGCCCUACUUCGGUAGCCGUUACCUGACCACUCGAGGAAGAGAGCUGUUUGCAGGUCACGGUCCGGCCGAAGUCAUCUUCAACUAUUCUGGACGAUUUCAACAAGUUGAGCGCGAGGACGCGCUGUUCCGGUUCGACACUGAAGAUGAAGACGACGAUGAUGCCAGUGCAAUGCCCGAAGUCGGCGCCCUUGUCAAGAUCUUUGCCGCGCUUGACGUCUCCGUCACAGUAGAAGCAGACGAGCUGCAGAUCACCGCCCGAUUCAGUCGCCAAGCGCGACACCAGCCAGCUAUUCAGCAAUGGGUCAAAGCGUACAGCAACGCUGUGAAGAGCCUUGUAGAGGAGCUGGUUGUGACGAAGCCGACAGCGACGGCGACCGACUUUCCACUCAUGCGCCUGUCCGACAGUGAUAUGGCAACCAUUGAGAGGCAGUACCUUCCGACAAUAGGCCUCUCUUCUACCAGCGAAAUCGAAGACAUUCUGCCUUGCUCACCAAUUCAACAGGGCAUUCUACUUACACAGCUGCAGUCGCCAUCCACGUACUGCAUCCAGCAAACUUGCCGUAUCCUAUCAUCUGACCCUCAGCAGCCGGUCAGCGCAAGCCGGCUUAUCAGAGCAUGGCAUCAGGUCAUCUCGCGGCACUCUGUUCUUAGGACUAUUCUGCUGGAGCCACUGCCAGGACAAGAGAGAUUUAUCCAGGUCGUCUUGAGGCAGCCUGAAACAGGUAUUGUCAGCGCAGACGGUAUUGCAGACAGCACUGUCAGCGACUGGUUUGCUUCUCAGCCUGUACUUGACCUUUCAGACCUCCGGCGUCCACCCCACCGUCUAACCUUGCUAACGACAACUACUGGCAAGGUAUACUGCCGCCUCGACGUAAGUCACACGCUGGUGGAUGCCUCAUCGCUGACUCUGAUCACUCGCGAUCUUAUUGGCGCUUAUGGGGGUACAUUGCAGGCUGGCGGCUCCCAAUAUAGUGCGUACGUCGCUGUCCUCGAGGGGAGCGAGCCACAGGACGACCUAUCGUACUGGAAGUCGUUGCUAAGCGCAGCUGAGCCGUGCCUUGUACUGCCCCAAGAGCCACCACACGAUACCAGACAGGCGCAACUUGCGAAGGUCUUUACGCGAUUCGAAGACCUUACCAUGCUUCACCGCUUCCGGGACACGUAUGGUGUGUCUAUGGCCAGUAUCUGUCAGCUCGCCUGGGCUCUAGUACUAGCAACACGAACGGCAUCCUCAAAUGUUAGCUUCGGUAAUCUAUCAAGCGGCCGGGAUGCCCCCAUUCCAGGAGUAGAAGAGCUAGUUGGGCCCAUGAUCAACAUGCUCGUGUGCCACUUACAACUGGAUUGGGGCGCAAGAGUAUCCGACACUGCUCGUAAGCUGCAAAGUCAGUCUGCCGCAGCUUUGGAGCACCAGCGAAUAUCGCUGGCAUCCCUGCAGCACGAACUUGGCUUUUCCAGGAACCAGCCGCUGUUUAAUAGUACCCUUUCGUACAAGCGACAAUCCUCGAAUAGCUCUGAACAAGCAGAAAUAACAAUCGAUGGCCUAGCCUGGGAGGAUCCGACUGAGUACGACAUGAACGUCAACGUUGAUGCCACACCGACCGGGCUCGACAUCAAUAUCCAAUACUCGACGGCAGUACUUUCAAACGAAGCAGCUACAAGACUCAUCGAGAGCCUGGUACAAGCCGUGCGUGCCGUGUGCGAGAAUGAAGAACAGCCGCUACGAGAGCUCAGACUGCUGUCGCCGGAGGACGAGGCGCAGUUGUGUAAGUGGAAUGCAAUCAUGCCACCUCGUGUCAAGCGGUGCCUCCACGAUCUGGUGCAAGAUCAAAUUACCGCUCAGCCGAUGGCACCGGCCAUCAGUGCGUGGGACGGCGAAAUGACGUACGGCGAGCUGGACGAUGCCAGCCGUCAGCUGGCUUAUCACCUGGUCGGACACGGAGUAGGUCCGGAGGUGAUGGUCGGUUUGUGCAUGGACAAGUCCAAGUGGACAAUAGUGGCCAUGCUAGCCAUACUCCGCGCUGGCGGAGCCGUGGUGCCCCUCGGCGUAGGGCACCCGCCAUCUCGCAUCGAGGGCAUAGUGCAGGAUAUUGCGGCGCCGCUUGUGCUGGUCGACCGCGGCCACGAGCAGCGGCUAGCAGCACUAACAGCCCAUGUGCCCCUGCUCGCCGUAGACAGCUUCUUCGAAUCUGCCCCAACGACCCAAACGUUGGCACUGGAUGCAUCAGCCGAACUCUGCCCGUAUGUGCGGUCUGACAACGUGGCAUGGGUCAUCUUCACAUCCGGCAGCACUGGCAAGCCCAAGGGUGUCGUACUCGAGCAUGGCGGUCUUGUAACGAGCGUCCUGGCUCAUGCACCGCUCUGGGGAAUGUCGUCUUCAACACGCACGCUCCAAUUCGCUGCCUUCACGUUCGAUGUCAGUAUCUCUGAUGUCUUUGCGACCCUUGCAUUUGGCGGCUGUAUUUGUUCGCCCUCUGAAGAGGAUCGUCUUUCGAACCUCAAUCAGACGACUCGCGACUUCCAGGUGACCUACGCCAAUGUAACACCCACUGUCGCUCGCCUUUUAGACCCGAAACAGCUCCCCACACUAAAGACUCUUGUUCUCAUCGGAGAGGCUGUUGAUGCAGGCGUCGUAGAUAGGUGGAACAAGGAUGCUGCGGUGAUCAACGGUUACGGCCCUGCCGAAGCAUCUAUCGUGUUCCAUUGCAGCCCGCCCAUACAGGAUCCUGCGGCUGCAGCAAAUGUAGGCCAGAAGAUCGCAGGAGGCGCCUGGAUAGUCGAUCCGGAUGACAUUGGCCGACUGGUUCCCCUUGGCGCACCGGGCGAGCUGCUCAUCGAGGGUCCACUCCUUUCACGCGGUUACUUGAACGACCCCGUCAAGACUGCCGCCGCCUUUGUGAAAGACCCUGCUUUCGUACAGGAGCUGGGGCUCGGCACGGGCCGACGCAUGUACCGUACCGGAGAUAUGGUGCAGCAGAACACGGACGGCUCGCUGACCUUCCUGGGUCGUCGCGACACACAAAUCAAAAUCCGCGGCCAGCGAGUGGAGAUCGGCGAGAUCGAGAGUGAAAUUGUCCGCCUCCUGCCAGACGCGAAGCACGCCUACGUUUCCAAGAAAGGACAAUCUUUGGUUGCUGUCAUUGAAUCCACCACGUCGCGCCGGGAUAAUUCUGGCGCCCCUGUGCAUUCGUUAAUCACGCCCGACCGUGAACAACAAAAGAACUUCGAUUCUCUCCACGCUUCUCUCCGCGAAAGGCUCCCCAGGUACAUGAUACCCUCCGCGUUCCUGGCCAUCAACGCACUCCCGCUCAAUGACAGUGGUAAACUCGACCGCCGGCGGGUUGGCCUUCUGUUGGAUUCCGUACCAUCAGACAAGUGGCUUGAAUACACGGCCAAGUCCCAGGUAUACCAGCCGCCUGUUGGCGCCCUGGAAGAACUUCUCUGCGAACUGUGGGCAGCCUGCAUUGGACUAAAGGAGACGCCAAUCUCGCGUAUGGACAAUUUCUUCGACCACGGCGGCGACUCCAUCACCGCCAUGGCCCUCGUUCAACAGCUACGGGGACGCGGACUGCGACUUUCAGUGGCUGAAAUUUUCAAUUACCCUAUUCUCUCUGCUAUGGCAGUGUGGGUUACUACGGACGUUGACGAGAGCGCAGACUACCAGCGCUUUUCACUUGUCUCGACCGAAGAACGGUCAGCUGUCCUUGAAUGCGUUCUCUCUGAUGGCUCGGUUGGAAUGGAACCGGAUGUGGUUGAUAUCCUGCCAACAACACACUUCCAAGCCCAAAUCGUCAGACAAAACAUGGAAUCCGAACGCAGACAAUUGAACUAUUUCGCUUUCGAUGCGAACGGUCCUUGCGACAUUUCCGGAUUGACAUCAGCAUUCUCCGACCUUGUCAUGAGGAUUGAGUCCUUCCGCACCGGAUUCGCCAGACCCAGCGGCCACAGACUCCUACAGGUUCUCUACGGGGAGUGGCAACCAGAAGUCCGCGUCUUCCAGACCAGCAUGAGUCUCGAUAACUUCUGCCGGGACUCGCUAGAUAACGAUAUGUUCGCCGUGCCGAGCCUUUCACGACCAAUGUUCGACGUAGCCAUUGUCGUUGCCGAUACGAACCAGCAUCGCGUUGUAUUCCGCAUGUCGCAUGCGCUGUAUGAUGGAGCCUCCUUGAAUCAGGUGUGGACCACAUUGGAAACAAUCCUUGCAGGACAAACCACAAGCACCUUCGUUCCUGUUGGGUCGUAUUUCCAGAGUUUACAAACCCGGACAACAAACGAAACCGAAGAUUACUGGCGUGAGCUUCUUCGUGGAGCCAUCAUUCCAAGCAUCAGUACACGUGCCGAACCGCAGGUCUCACGAUUAGGUGUGGUAUUCGGCAAGCCGAUCAUGUUGUCAAGAAGCGGACAACCAGACUUCACUGUUGCCGUGGCUGUCAAAGCAGCUUGGAGCAUGGUACUGAGCCAACACAUGGCGACUAGCGAUGUUGUCUUCGCCGAAAUUUUCUCAGGACGGAGUACAGUGCAUCCAUCAGUCGCAGGUGCUGUAGCGUGCUGUGCAAGAGCGGUGCCAUGCCGCGUUGUCUUUGAACCCGAAUGGACACUGCAGAGACUGCUCGAACACAUCAAGCAACAACAGAUCGACAGUAUGAAACAUGAAGGUCUUGAGAUCCAGGAAAUCACCCAACGUUGUAUGGGGUGGCCGGAAGCAGAGGCGGAAAAUCUACGCGUCAGCAUGGUCAAUCAUCAGAGGGCGCCAAAACAAGACAUGUCUUUGAACACGAAAGUCUACAAGCACGCAACUGUAGGCCCGAAGCACCCAUACGCAUCUGUCGACUUUGCCAUCGAGACUGUAGAAGAUGACGAUGGUUCACUAUCAGCAAAGAUUGCCUACGCUGCGGAUCGGAUUCCCGACGAGCUGGCAAGAAGACUUUUUGAUCGAUUCCGAGACACUUUGGAUACUAUCCUUGCAAAUCCACACUGCAAUGUCGGUCAAUUGAUUGAGGGAAUUACGGGCUCGGCGGCAAGGUGUUAGGAGCACGUUUCGAGAGAGGAGCUGGGCUAGAGGGAAGAAUCAUGUAAGCAGGCGAGAAGGAUCACUCCGAAGAUGUCUAUUCGGAUACGAGAUCGGCAAGCAUACGGUUGAGCAAGGCUUUCUUUACUCACUACAUUCAUUCACAAAACAUUGAGGCUAGCUUGACUAGCAUAUUAGA